UUAUUACAAAGUCCUGCUGCAGAUUUGAAACCACCAUUAGUAUUUAUAUGGGCUAGAAUAUUGGCAGUUGAUAGGUCAUGUCAACAAGACUUAUUAAAGGAACAUGGUUACAACUAUUUUGUGAAUAUACUUUCUCCAAAUAGCAUGCUUAACAUUCCGAAUGAAGCUGAACACCGAGCAAUGUGUGCAUUCAUUUUGGCAAUCUUCUGCACUAAUUUUAACCAAGGACAAGUUGCAUGUAAAAAAGCUUUAGUUUUACAGGCUUGUUUAGCACGAAUUGGAGAUGUUGAUGCUCUUUUACGGCAAUGGGCAUGUCUUUGUAUAGGCCAGUAUUGGACAAAUUAUGCAGAUGCUAAGAGUGAGGGUAUCGAGAAUCAAGCUCACUUGAAGCUUUUUGGACUUUUGAAUGAUCCUGUCCCCGAAGUUCGUGCUUCAGCUCUCUAUGCUCUGGGCACCUUUAUUGGUGACUUGGAGCGUACAGAACAAAUAGUCAAUAUUGAACAUAACAUUGCCAUAAAUGCCCUUGAUGCUAAUAAUGAUGCUUCCCCUCUUGUUAGAAGAGAACUAGUUAUAGCACUCUCUUACAUAGUGAAUGCAUAUUCAGAACAUUUUAUACGUGUUGCUUAUGAAGAAUUGCAAGAAAUUCAUCGGCGCGUUGUCGCAACACGACAACGUCCUAGGGAAAGUCGACCUAGCUCCGUGUACACUUGUGUUUGGAAAGCAUUACUUAAUCUUUCAGCAGACCCAGAUGCGGAGGUUGCACAACUUGCAGCAACAGUUGUUGAUGCUAUAAAUACUCAAUUAUUAGAAUCUUCACAUAUUGAGAAUGUUACAAUCGCAUUACGGCAGGUGCUCCAAGAACAAGGUACACAAGAUACAGAAUCUUUUAGAGCAUCAUUAAAUAAGCAACCAUCAUAUGAUGAUAUACUACCAUUAAAAUCGAAAUUCUUUGAUUGGAGUUGCGAAUAUUUCAGAGAGCCACAAAUGAAGCCCGCUGAAUCCGAGCAAUCGGGUAGCAUCGAUGAUAAUGUGCGGUCAUGGCGUCGCAAAAGAAAUGAAAACAUAAUUAAAUCAACACAACCGCUUAAAGAAGUUGCUGGUGAUUUGACAUCAUGGCGUGCAAUGCCUGAAAUAUUACCGAACAGCCAAAGAAGUGGCCUUAUUGCUGAAUGGCAGCAAUCUCGAGGGACUUUAUUAGUCGGUGGUGAUGUUCGAGUAAUCAGAGUAUGGGAUGCACUACGUGAAAUCACAGUUAGCGUUAUACCUGCUCGAUCAGGAAGUUCUAUCACUAGUCUUACUAGUGAUGGUGAUCUUUUUGUAGCUGGUUUUGCAGAUGGUGCAAUUCGUAUAUUUGACAUACGUAUCCAACCUAUAGAUGCCAUGAUAUUAUCUAAUAAAGAACAUAAAAAUUCUAUAACGAACGUCGUAUGGCAGAAAGGCGCAGGACAUGAGUUAGUGUCUGGGAGUAAAUCUGGAGAGAUAAAAAUAUGGGAUAUUCGACAUAAUCGUUCAAAACGUACUAUAUCUAAUGAACCCAACUCUUGUGAAAUGAAUGCAAUGGAUGUUCACCAAUACGCAGAUGUUAUAGCAAGGUAA